UGCUCUGGCUGCUCCCGUCCAUCCUCAGAGCCCGGGCUAGCCCGGAGACGAGGCCCAGCUCCCCUCUGUGCCAGCAGGUAAGGCUGUUUUCCAUGGAGCACCUGGGCUGGGAUGGCUCCAGCAGCGUGGAUGGGGCUGCCAGCAUCCCUCUGGGUCUCCUCCCCAUGGUUCUCACCUCCCUCCAGCCUCCGUCUCUUUAACUUUCCCAGCUUUUCCUGUGUUUUCCUGCCUUGGAGCUGGUCUCCUGUGAGGUGGUCCCUGGUGUCCAGCUGCUGCCACGUCCCUGCCAUGCCUGAGGUGCUCAGAGGUUGGAGUGCAGGGAUUCCAGUGAGGCAGUUGGAAACCUGGAUGGGAAACAGCAAGUUUCUGUCACUCCAGAAAGAAAUCAGCUGCUCCCCAUCCAGGCUCCCAACUCCAGAGGAAUCCAGAGCGAGAAAGGUGGAUCCUACACAGAGCCCUUCCUCUGCCUAAACAGGGAUGCUCUGGGCUUGGGAAGGAGGAGCAGGGCUCAUUCCCACUUCUAAUGCCCACGUUGGACAGCAGCUGCCUUGCCUGGAGCUGUGGUUUGUAGCCCCUCUCAUUCACACCUCUGCUGUCUCUCCACAGAGCCCCACGAAGGUGUCUUGUAAAGGAGUUGGCCUGCGGAAAUUUCCCAAGGAGCUUGGCCAAGGAAUUAAGUACCUUGAACUCUCCAACAACUUCAUCCAAAACCUGUCAGGCAGCAACAUGCCAGGAUUUGGGCAGCUGGAGUACCUGGAUGUGUGCUUCAACCAGCUGGAAACCGUGUCAGCCACCGCCCUGGCUCAGCUGCCUCGGCUGCGCUCGCUCCUUUUGGCAUCGAACCACCUGGACCGGAAUUACUUGGCUAACGGGGAAGCUUUCCAUCUGCUCAGGAAUAUAGAGGUCCUGGACCUGUCUGUGAAUAACCUGGAGAGCCACAUGGCCAGCUGGUACAUCAGCAACCUCACCAGCCUGAGGGUGCUGGAUCUCUCUGGGAACAUGAUGACCAAGCUGCUGGCAGGGACCUUCCGGAACUCACCGCGGCUGCGCCAGCUCGACCUCAGCCACAACUACAUCAUGGAAAUCCAGGAGGGAGCUUUUGAGCCUCUGGAAGAGCUGGAAGUGCUGAAUUUGGCUCUGAAUUCCCUCCACUGUAUCUCUGGCUUCAGCCUCACGCAGCUGCAAGUUCUAAACCUCAGCCACAAUGCCCUGGAGCUCUUCUCCUCCAAGGAGGGAGCGGAGCCCUACCUGCUCCGAGUGCUCGACUUGAGCCAUAACAGACUCCUCUCUUUUCCAGAGCUCCCCAGAGCCCAUGAGCUCACACACUUAAACCUCUCCAAUAACCUCAUUGCUUCCCUGCUCCCAGGCUCACCCCAUCCCAGGGAGUUUGUCCUGCUUUACAAGGAGAUGCAGAGGUUCAACAGCACCGUGCGUCCCAUGGCCGCUCUGACACGCGUGGCUGACCUGGAUCUCAGCAAUAACCACCUGGAGCUGUUCCCAUUUUCCUUCUUCCACAGCCUGGGCUCCCUGCACAGGCUCAGCCUGGCAGGGAAUUGUCUCCAGGACGUGGCCAGGGAGUCUGUCUCCAAUGGCACGGAACUGUCCGUGCGCUCGCUGGACCUCCACAGCAACGCCCUCCGUGUGCUGCCGCGCUGGUUCUUCGAUUCCCUGCCUCACCUGGAAUCCAUGGAUCUGGGCUCCAACAGCCUCCAGCCUUGUGAGGGCCAGGGGAGUGACCAGGGAAAGGAUUUGGGAAGGGAUUCUCACACAUCAACCCCUGGAGACACCUGCACCCCCUUCUACAACGUGCCUCGCUUGAAGCACCUGAGCCUGUCCAAGAACAGCAUCUCCAGGCUGCAGCCCCACGCCUUCAGCCAGACCCCGCUGCUCUCCCUGGACCUGUCGGGGAACAGGAACCUGUCCAUGGCCACAGGAGCUCUGGGGGGGUUGGAGCUGUCCCUGCAGGAGCUCUCUCUGAGGGACAACCAGAUGGACGAGGGGCAGGCAGCGCUGCCCUGCCUGGGCAGGCUGCGGGUGCUGGACCUGGCGGGCAACGCGCUGAGCCUGCUGCCCGCGGGGCUGUCCUGCUCCCCGCUGGAGAGCCUGGACAUUCGGAAUAACAGCCUGCAGAGCCUGGCAACAGCCAGGAGCUGGUCCCACAGCCUGAGGGCUGUGGCUGUGGCUGGGAACCCCUGGAGCUGCUGCUCGCUGGGCUGGCUGGACACGCUGCGUGUGGCCGGCGUGGCCGUGCCCGACCUGCACCAAGCCCGCUGUGUGUUCCAGGAGCACGGACGGAAUAUCUCAGCCAGGAUCACUGGCACUCCCAGCUGGAUCUGUCCCCAGCCCAAGGGCACUACUUCCUUAGUUCUGCUGGUGGUCCUGAUUGUCUUUUCCGUCUGUGUCUGGGCUUUCUGCCUCCUGAGGAGAGGGAAGGCUCCGGGAUGUGCGAGACUCGGGAGCAACAGGGUGGGAAUGUCCCAGCCCCACCCCAGAGGAGAGGGGCCAGCUGAGGAGAGGCCACCUGACAGCAUCACCAAAGUGUAGCCCAGACCUGCAGCCAUCGAGCUUCAUCUGCUGCAGGAGCUGAAGGAUAUCCUGGAAGGGCCUGGCAGAUCUCUCUCCUCAGGUCACCCAGCUGGGCAGAGCAAGGAGAAGAGACCACUUCUCUUCUUGUGUAUUCAGACAGAGCCUAAAUUAACCUAAAUCUCCCCGGUCCUGAUAAGAUAAGGAAGAUAACGAGUGCUGAAGGUAAAUCCCCUUCCAGAGGGCUGCUGGAGGUAAAAUUUCUUUUAUUUUCGCUGACAUUGCAGCACCCAUUCCUGCAUCCUUUUGCUCUCAUCCUCGUGUGGUGUUCUGGCUGCCUGGGAUGUGCUCCUGCUGAAUGCGGCUUGGGGAUGGCACAAGAGGCUGGUGGCACCUCCAGGACACCGCCCUGUGUCCCUCCCAUCCUGGGGCUGCUUCCCAUUAUCCCUCCCCGGGAUCUGGGGCUGGCACAGCUCCCCUGGCAGCUCUGGCCAGCCCCGGGGGAGCCCGGGCGUGUCGUUCAUGACACUUUUCCUGCUCUGCAGGGGCUCUGGCCGGGCUGGCACCUCCAUCCCGAGGUGUGGCAGAUGUGGAGCGUGCCCCUCGGGUCCCCGCUGCCAUGCAGAUGUUCUGCAGCUGGAUGCUCCCUCCCAGCUGUGCCCGGGCUGCGUGCGUGGGGACACAGCAGCUCUGUCAGUGUCACCCCGGGUUGUG